AGCUUUGUUAUUUUGAUAUUUUCCUUGUACAUUCUGUAGGUUUUUAAUUAUUUUUUAGUCAGUUUUUUGUUGGAAUAUAUAAUAAUGUGAAUUCUUAACUAUUAAGGUAGUCAGAUUUGUUUGCAUUAUUCAUAAUUUUGGAGAGUCUUUAGUGAAAUAUUUAAAUUAGUCAUAUACAUUUGCAUAAUUCUUAAUAUUAUGAUAGGGUCCUAGCCAUCCAUCCAUCCAUCCAUUCUCUAUACAACGCUUUAUCCUCACUAGGGUCGCGGGGAGUGCUGGAGUCUAUCCCAGCUGACUUGGGUGAAGGCAGGGGACACCCUGGACAGGUUGCCAGUCUGUCACAGGGCUACAUUUACAGACAAACAAUCACUCUCGCAUUCACACCUACGGGAAAUUUAGAAUAAUUAAUUAACCUCAGCAUAUUUUUGGACUGUGGGAGGAAGCCGGAGUACCCGGAGAAAACCCACGCAUGCACAGGGAGAACAUGCAAACUCCAUGCAGAAAGAUCCCAGGCCCAGGCCAGGAAUCAAACCGGGGAUCUUCUUCCUGUAAGGCGAAAGUGCUAACCACUACUCCACGGUGCAGCCCAGGGUCCUAGCCAUUAUAUUUAAUUCAGUCAGAUACAUUUGUAUUUUAUCACACUUUAUAUGAAAGUGUAUUUUAUAUAAUAUUGAAUGUUUUCUACUGUAAUAUUUAAAUGACUUAGGCAAAUUCACAAUUAACGACCCUGUUUGGAAAACCUACAAUGUUUAACACCAACGAGCUUUGUUGUUUUGACAUUAUUUCCUUUUAUAUUUUGUAGGGUCUUAAAGUUUUUUUAAUCAGUCAGGUUUUUUUUGUUAGAAUAUAUAGUAAUAUAAAUUUUUAAUCUCAACUAUUUAAUAAUGAAAUUAUCUGAAUUUCUGAAAUUAUUUCAAGUAGAAACUUGAAGAAUUAAUAUUAUGGAAAGCCUUAAAAUUUGAUUUAGUCAGAUAAGUUUAUAUUUUACCAUGCUUUAUAUGAAAGUGUGUUUUAUAUAAUAUCAUGUUUUAACUGUAAUGUUUAAUCUGCUCAGGUAAAUUCACAUAAUAAAUAAUACUGUAUAUAAUAAAAAAAUAAUGACAGUGUUUAUCACAUCCGAGUUUUGUAACUUUAAUGCUUUAUCAUUUUAAUUUAUACUCAUUGUUAAUUUCUUUAGGUAUUCUAUUAGAGUAUAUGCUGUAAGUUAGUCUUAAAAUUGAAGUUAAUCAGGUAAACUUGCAUAUUAAUAAUAUUGUCAGCUCUUAGCCUUAAUUAGUUCAUCAGAUAAUUUUCUGAGCUAAAAAGAAAAUACUUCAGCUCAAUGGUUAAUCUUUUAAAAGUGCUCUAUAAAAAAGUGGCUUGGCUUAUUUUUUAUUUUAGACUUACAUAUGACCAUAAUCUGCAAAAUGACACAGUCCAGACAUCAGAGGAAGGACAUGAAGGACAAAGUUCUAUUUCUGUUCAGACCUCUGCAACGAGAAAGCUGUGCUGGACAGGGAGCAGCUAUAUUUAUGGCGGUCCAGACAGAAAACCUCAACUUCUGACGCAGCUGGAGGCCUUUCUGAACAAGGAGCUGCACAAUAUCAGCCCGAGUGAGCCAAAAUUUCCGGAAUUGAAACUGCAGGUUUACCGUAACGUCUUCGGCUGUUUCAUCAAAGCAUUCAAAACCUACCAACCCCUGUUGUCUGCCAUCAAAAAGGAAUAUGACAACAUGUUAGUGCUUCAACAGGAUCAGAUCCGUGACCUGGAGCCUCUCCGAUCCCAUCUGAGGCUGCUGACGGAGGAAUGUGACCGGAAGAUUCAGGCUCGAUGGGGAGAAGAGCAGGCCGAGAUCAGAGCUUUGAAAAGCGAGAAGCAGCAACUGCAGAAGGACAUCGAGGCCAUGAGGGAGAAAGAAAAGGCCACGCAGACGGUAGACCACCUGCAGGCCGAACUGUCCCACCAGUAUCUGCAGUACCGGGAGGAACGAGAUGCAAGGAAGUUACUGAUCUGGCAGCUCAAUGACCUGACGAGAGUUUCUGAGAAGAAAGAGAAUCCUGCAGAUGAAGAUUCAGAACAGAAGGACCGUGUGGAGCUGAAACUCGCUCUCAAAAUGUGUCGGGAAGAUCUGACUAAGACUCAGGAGGAGCUCAGCAGGAUGAAGGCCGACUACUGGGAUGUUGUACCGAGACGGAACUGGGACAAACUGGAAGAAGAACACAAAGAUUCUCUGCUGCAGAUGAAGACGUUGCAGAGAGACUUUGACCAGCUGAAGACUGAGUUUGACAUCCUGCUGGAGCUCCACAACAGAAGCAACACAAGGACUCACGUCUCCACCGCUGUGCAGACGGAUGCGAGUGUGUUUCAAGGACAAAGCCAGAUUGAGUCCAGCCAACCAGUCGAGCCGAUCACCUCCAAUGCCCCUGAAAGUGGCACACAAACUGUCGGCGAGUCGAGGGACGGCCUGGGGACAGCCAGGUCAGAUGAGGGAACGGAUGAACAUGUGGCCUCGACUGGAAGCAGACAGCAGCAGCAGCAGUGACGCCAUUUACUCUCAGAGACUCCACCGUGUGGCUCAGAGCAGCAAAGGCCUCAAAUCUUGAUGUAGCUCAAACAGCGUGAUUCAUAUCUGGCAGCCGGUGAACAUGUUGAAUUAAACAUUAGAGGCUGUGGUUUGCCCUGUAAAGGAACAAGUUAGGGUUGUAAGUGUUGUAGCUGCAUAUCGCCACGUCUGAAUGUGUGAAAACUGCAUUUAAAUCUGUAAAUGUGUUAAAAGAAAACAUUUCAGUGUCAUGAAUUGAGAUAUUUGAAAUUCAGAUUUUGAAUCUGUGAGAUCUGUAGCUGUGCAUGACAUUUUAAGAAGAAAAUAUUUACACAAAGAAUGUGCAAGAGCAAAAAAGGAAAUCUGCACAAAUGUUUGCAGCUAAAAAUCGAAUUAGUUUGCAGUCAGUCUAACCCUAACCCUAUCUGUUUGUGAGAGGAAAAAGUUCAGUGCAGAAUGAUUGAAAAACAUCAUUUGAUAUCGUGUCAGCAAAGCACUUUUACACAUUCACACAUUUUAAUGUAUUCAUGCAAAAUGUUUUCACACAUUGAGAUAUUUACAAUCCCAAUUUGUUAAUUAAAAAAAAAAAGUAAAAAAAAAAAA